AACACAUGAGUCCAGUGUACCGCACCAUUUGGUAUUUUAUACAUUGGUACAAGGAUAAUGAGCUCCGAAGUGCCGUUCUUCGAGCUAGAAGACGCUCAAUCAGUGCUUCGAGACGUACUGGCCUUCAUCGAAACGUGUGAAGACGCAAAUGCAUCGCCCACGAGUGUUCAAUUGUCUAAUCGAGACCGUGACAAGAAGAAACGCGCAAGAAAUUAUUCCCCAGACUACGAGCGUUCUCGACGCGAGAAGAAGAAGGCGGAGAGGGAUGCCCUUCGAUGCCAAGUAGAUCAGUACACGACACAGUUGGAACUUCUACGGACUCAAAAAACCACUCAAAGGGACGAAUCCAAGUGGGGUUGGGUCCAUGCUGCUACACAGGAAGAGGAGAAGCGACAAAAGGCUGAGGACCUUAACCACCAGCUCCGAGGGCUACUAGUGCAACAAUUCAACGUCGCGCAGACGUUCAAGAACUUGCUUACCCUGGAGGCAGGCUUUGCUACGCUAGUGCAGUCGGUCUUGAGUAGCUGCCCACCGUGCUCAUCACCGACGAAAUUAAGCACGUUCUCUACUUUGAGCUCGAUCACAUCGCAUUUGAAAGGAUUGUUUGGUCAGCUGUGUGAUUCAUCAGACUACGUGUUCGACUCAACCUCGAUCUUUUUUGAUGCGAACUCACUGGUGUGCGCGGCCAACUUAAAGUAUCAAGAUCCGAUCUCUGGGCCAUGUAUCGAGCUGCUUAGCUCGACUCCUCUGCCGUGCAACAUGGAAAAUGCGGCUUCGAUGUUGUGGGAAAUGAUGCUGGCCAAGGAAGUGUUUGGUCCUAACUCUGGAUGUUACACGAUAAAAGUAGGUUUCUUUUGUUGUGAAUUUAUGAACCUUCGUGUGGCUUAUACUAGUUGUUUUGACAAGGUGAAGCAGCAAACGGAAAGCUCUGCGGAAUGGGGAUAUUCCGUCCGCUUCAAUGGGCCUGAGGCCUCAGGAGCUGUCGACGGGGUGACAUUGAUGGAGAAAUUCGACAAAGCUGGCCAAACUCUUAUUGUAUGGACGUCGAUGAUGGUGGAAUCUGAUGGGAAUCCGUAUUUCACGUCCCAGGGAUGGAUCUCGGUCAAAAAGCUACCGAGCAAUCCCGACGGUGAGGCUUUUGUUCGGAUCUGCAGUCGUCUGGCUGGCCUACACUUAGGCGUUCGAUGUGACGGUGACAAGGUCGACGUUCCUGUUGCUAGGAAACACCAGUUCAUGGCGAAAUCCAGACAGGAGCAUGUCCAGCUUAAGAUUCUGGAGCGUGCAGAGCUUCAAAAAAGUGUUCUUUAGCUAAAAAUAUAUAUAUAUAUAUAUAUAUAAUAGUAUUCAAAAUAAAUUAUUAUUGUACUAAAAUA